AUGGGUGGCCCCAAGGGCAGCGAAAAGAGAGCGCAGCGAAAAGCUGCAAGGAGGGAAUUACAACAGAAGAAGGCUGCCGCAAAGGAGCAGAAAAAAAGGCAGAAGCAAGGUGAAAUUGAUGGAGAAGAAGUUCCAAUCGAGGUCUUGCUGCGACAGCUAGAAGAGGAAGAAAGGCAAAGGCAGAUCAACAAAUCACAGAUCGUACAAUGCAAGCAGCCUACACCUAGGGCUCAUGCGUCACUAACUGCUCUUCCGAGCGGCGACCUCUUGCUGUUUGGGGGAGAGAGUUAUGAUGGGAAGAAGGUACGGGUAUACGGAGACCUCUUUAAGUUUGACAUUGAGAAGGACGAAUGGAAGCGGAUAGAAGCACCAGAAUCCCCAAAGGCUAGGUGUUCCCACCAAGCUGUUCUACACAGCGAUGCCCUGUAUGUAUUUGGUGGGGAAUUCUCGACGUAUUAUCAGUUCCAUCAUUUCAAGGACUUUUGGCGCUUUGAUAUAAAGGCCAAUACCUGGAAGAAGAUCUUAGUUGAAAGCUCCGCUCAAGCCCCCUCACCAAGAAGUGGCCAUCGCGUGGGAGAUUUUGUUUUCCUUCAUGGGGGCUUUGCGAAGAUCAGAGACACCCACAAACGCGUCCAGGGUAAAACGUUUACGGAUUCAUGGCUGCUGGAUUUGCGGCCCCUGUCAAAGAGUUUCUCAUCGCAGAUUCCAACUUGGGAAAAAAUAAAAAACUCUGGAGCACCUCCUUCACCGCGGACUGGAAUGUGCUCAAUCGGAUACAAGUCCAGCGUUAUCGUUUUUGGAGGCGUUGCUGAUCAAGACGAUGGAGGAACGAACUUAUCCUCCACGUUUUUCAAUGAUCUUUACUCAUUCGAUAUUACAAAGAGGCAGGGAACACCUACCAUAGCCACAAAUCCUAACGCUAUGCGUUAUAACAUUAGCUUUGAAGCCAUCAGAAUAUGUGUGCACAAACCAGCAAAGGGGAGGGCGCCUGGUGAACGAAGAAAGGAAAAAGAGAAAUCUGCCCUGUGUUCUUCAGUGGAAGCGAGCAGGGUAGAAGAAGAGGGAAACGGAAAUUCAGAGAGCGACAAAGAUUCCUCCGAAGACGAAGACAACUGGGAGGCAAGGAGCGCCAAGGACGUCACUGCUGUUGUGUCAUCUCCACUUUGCGCGGUGUCCGUGGCGCGUUAUUGGCCGUGGGCAGUGAAUCUAGCAGAAGAUGCGCUAGCACACCCAAGUACAACAGUGCAAGUUGGCGUGCUCAGUGUAGAAAGGCAUAUACCGGUAAAGCUCAAGGAUUUUAUGGGUGACAGCGAUUCAGCAUUAGAUGCUGAUUUUUCAUCUCCACAUGACAAAAAGCAACCUCAAACUCUUCCAGAGCCAGAUCUGCUGUCAUGCAGCCUCAGCAGCAGCAACAGCACCAACACGACCGCAUCUGCGGCCGUUGCCGCUCCAGCAACAGUAGGAAGCCAAGGCGGAAAUCCUGACGGGACUUCCUCCGUCGCAAGUCAUAAUCAGCAAGGCCCGGAGGUUACUCUUUGUGCUUGCUCAACCUCAGUAAAAGCAGUAAGAACGCCGACAGCAGCUCCAACAACAGAGCCAGCCGCUUCGUCACCCUUGUCUACAACCAUCGCCCCCUCCUCCGCAAAGCAAAAGCCCCUUGCGUUAUAUUCUGGAGAUGUUCCUCUUCCCCGCUUGCAUGGCCUUUUAACUGUGCGGGGCUCUAAUUUGGUGCUGAUGGGCGGCAUCGUGGAGAUUGGCAGCAAAGAAAUAACCUUAGAUGAUUGCUGGACCCUAAACUUGAACAAGAGAGACCGUUGGGUGCGGGUGCUGGAAGGAACAAUGCACCAACAAGAGUGGCUCGGAGCAGACAGUGAACGAGAUAGCAGCGGAGACGAAGGCAGUAACAGCGUCAGCGGCGGCGACAGCAGCGACACCAGCAGCUCGGAAGAAGACGAAGAGGAGGCGAGUUCGAACUCGGACGAUGAGGCCACACACGGACUGGAGAAGAGAAGGGGCCGAAUGGGUCGUGUGAGAGAAGAGAUGCACCGACUGCGGGAGCAAUUCGGACUGGAUGAUCCGAUGGAAACGCCGGCAGAGGGUGAAGCUUUGCGGGAUUUUUUUGGGCGAACAAAAAUGUAUUGGCUUCACAAGGCUUCUGCUACUGGUGGCGCUGGAUGCAACAGCAAGGAGUUGACGCGUGCUGCCUUUGAGCUCGCCUCUCGCCGUUUUUUCGCGAUUAGAGAGGUGCUUGAACGGAUGGAGCAAUUGGUGAAACAAGAUGCUGCACACACAGAAGCAGAAAACGCAGGGGGAGGCCCAAAGGGAAAACAGUCGAGCAGUGCACCUGGUGCAUCCAGACCUUUCCUUCUUCGCACGCGUAUAACUCUAGCGCGUCCUUCUAGUAGGGAACACAAGAAAGGAAACAAUGCAGCACGAAAAUACGUGACUCCACAUGGCCCAACCAUGCAGAUGCAUUCACUUGAUUCCUUAUGGAUUUUGGCCUUGUGCAUACAUCGCAAGGCAUUAGCCGCUGCUGCCAAAUUGUGGACCUCACGGCUUUGA